AUGUCAUAUAAUCCAUAUUCCUAUUCAGCUCAAGGGAGCGUGAAUGAUAGAUUUACUCGAGAUGCAUAUGAGGGUGUUCCCAACAGUGGUGUGCAACCAGGUGUACAACCAGGUGUUCAAAGUGCUACGCCAGGUCAAGCUUACCCUGCUGAUCCAAGUACCUCCAUGGCAUAUCAAUUAGGUCAGACUGCAUUUACCAAUUUCAUAGGUCAACAGAAUUUCUCACAAUUUCAAGAGGUGAGUAAAGCUACUUCGAGUUCACUUUCACAUUAUUUCCAAGUAACUACAGCAUACGUUUUGCGCAAACUGAAAAUUAUUUUGCUUCCCUUCUACAACAAGAGCAGUUGGCAGAGGUUACCGGGAUCGCAAUUGCAAGGACCAGGAUCAAUUGUUUUCUUACCACCAAAAGAUGAUGUUAAUUCCCCCGACCUUUAUAUUCCAAUUAUGGGCUUGGUCACUUACAUCCUUGUGUGGAACGUUCAAAAAGGGUUAGAAGGCUCAUUUAAUCCUGAAAAUUUGUACUACAAAUUGUCAUCCACUCUGGCGUUUGUAGCGUUGGAUUUAGUUAUUUUAAAGUUGGGAUUGUACCUUUUAGUCAACACUAGUUCCCCCACGGCAAGCUUCACUGAAUUAAUCUGUUACGUCGGCUAUAAAUUUAUCCCACUGACUUUAGUGCUACUAUUCCCAAGCCAACAUUUCGCGCUGUCCAUUUUCAUUAAAAGUUACCUUUUCAUAGCGUUUGGUGUGUUUUUGUUAAGAUCAGUCAAGUUUAACUUAUUCAACGUAUCUACGGAUGAUAUGGCAAGCAUUAAAAAAACGACUGUCAAGAAAUGCAAUUAUUUCCUCUUCGUCUAUGGAUUCCUAUGGCAAAGUAUCUUAAUGUGGCUUAUGGGAUAA